AUGGUUGUCCAGCCCGCGAACAGCACCAGACCUACCUCUGGAUUUCAGAGCGAAGAUCGACCGCCUAUUUCCGGACACGGCGGGGGAGAUCGGCAGGGCUUGGGUACGGAUCUGGUGGAUAACGUGCUUCAUCUGCUUCGCCACCCUAUGGGCACAGCCGAACUGCUAAGUGCACAAUCACGAGGAAACAACCGCCGACCGAGCGAAAUCCGAGCUACGACAAACAUUGCUUCGACAGCUACAAGCUGUAGCGGUCAGGGAGCACCAGUUCAACUGCGACGGGGACGACUGCGUUUUUCCAGCUAG